GUACAAUUAAUGCAGAGUGUGUAACAAAAUUGUAAAUAAAAUCGGCUAACAUCUUUAAUUAUGCAAGAACUGCUUUCCUGAAUAAGGGAAGGAAAACAAUGACCCUGUUCCAGCAACCACGCUGGCUUCGCAAAUGGAUUCGACGUCGCAUGAACCCGUUGCCAAUUCAGGAGGCCGCCCGGUGGAAGGGUAGACUGAGUAUCGUUUACGGAUUGUUGGCAUGGAAUGCACUCGGAUUCGUUGGCUAUAUGAUCUACACCGGCAAAAAUGACUGGGCUAAGUUCUACGGCUAUAAGACAGAAGAGGAAGCUGCUCUUCCCCCGGCUGUUCGGUAUGCUAAACAACUUAAUAUGCCAAACGCGCAUGUUUUGAAAUUUAAGGGGCUUUCGAAAACAGAUGAGUACGAACUAAAAGAUAUGGAAAUUGUAAGGAAAAAGGAUGUUGCGGAGGAAGUUUUGGAAUAAGUUUUCAGUUUGAUUUUUUUUGUAUAGCUUGCUUAUAUUUGCGUACGAUUUUAUAAUGAAUAAAAUACAUUAAAAUUAA